AUGGAAAACUACCCGACCUCGCAAUUCCUGCAAACGGAAUUUGCCGAUGACGAAGCGCUUGUAGCCGUCUCGGCUCCUUCUGCGAAUGCGCUUCUUGAGCGGCAAUAUCCCCCAACACGUCUUUGCCGCAUGGCAGCGCGCUACUUGUACGGCGCCUGUCUGCACAUGUUGCCUUUCCCUCCAACGCCCAUGUCGACAUCUAUGGCUGACUCUGAUCGCUCCCCCUCGGUUCAGUCUUUUGCCAGCGCAGACAGCAUGUCAGUUCCUGCGACAUCAGUACCUGCGUCUCCGGUAGCUUCCUCGACGAUCUUGCACCAUGAGGACAUGCCUCGUGUCAUCACGGCGAUGCCUGAUAGCGCGGAUCAUGAGUUUCCUCAAAACCACCGGUUCUGCCUGAAAGACGGAAACACCAAGUUCGAGCUUGACGAUGGAAGUAUUUACAACGUUCACCGAUACUUCUUCGAGACGCACGCGCUCAAGUUCGCGGAAGAGUACCUCGAUGGCGAAGCUCUCGGGCCUAUCAAGCUCUCCGGCGUGUGCAAUGUCGACUUCGAGCGCUUUCUGUCGAUGAUCUACCCCACCACGCUCGGGAAGUUCGAUAUCACCACCGUCGAUGAGUGGACCUCCAUUCUCCGCCUAGCCACACGAUGGGCAGUAGUCGGCCUACGCGACCUCGCUAUCGAGGAGAUCAAGCCCAAGGCCACCCCCUUCGACAAAGUUGUUAUCGCUCGCGAGUUCGAGCUCGGUCAGGACUGGCUCCUCCCGGCAUUCGUUGACAUCUGCGAGAGGCCGCAGUGGCUGAAUCGUGUGGAGGCGGAAAGGCUCGGGCUGCCGACGGUCGUUGAGAUCGGUAGGAUCAGAGAAGACGCGCGCAUCUCUGGGCCCACCUUUGACGUCCACGCCGCCGUUCGAGCGACCGAGAUCUUGGUUCCCAGAGGGCGUGAAGGGGCGCAGCACAUUGAUGAUGUUCCACAGGCAACCUCGACGACGGCGUCUUCCACACUCGCAGGCGCUGCUUCCGCGACAGAUGCUCUCGCGCUCUCGGACGUAGCGUCUCUCGUAUCCUCGCCACCCGCUUCUUCCGCGCCUCAGACGCCGCAAGAACCUACGCCCGACUCCCUGCCGUCCGAGAAUCUGAGCCCCGCCGACCAGCUCGCCUACGACGCCCUCCGCAGCGCAGAAUUUGCAGAGGAGGCUAGCUUCCCUAGCACGCCGCUCAAUCGUGCUCUCUUCGCCUCGCAUCUGGCGCGUCGCAUGGCGCACGAGUCGUCCCCGGGUGCCCAGCGCCACCGCGAGUGGAGGCAGGCCCGCGUUGAUAACAUCAUUCGCGAGGUGGCUGACGCACAAGGUCCUGUUGCGACGCCGGAUGAAAUGAAAAUAUCAAGGAUAGAUGAUGACCCGCUGGGAAUGCUGCACAGUCGUCUCGCCUAUCUUCUUUGUGCGAAGCUGGCUACGUGCGGCUCUAUUCCUUGGCCCCACGCCGGCUGCGGGGAUAAAUUGACUGUGUCGACAUCGUCAUACCACUCCUUGAGCUUCGACCUGGCCAGGAGAGGAUGGGUCGUUGGGAACUUUCCUCCAGGUAUAAAUUCCAAGUCGAGUCUUGGGAAGUUUUAUGUUGCAAUCCCUAAUUGGGACGAAGACAUCCCAAAGUAUAUGAUUGUAUUCUCAUCUGAGUCUGCACAUCCUGAUAAUGGCUUCUGCAUAUCAAAGAAACGUUGCAUCCUCGCCCGUUUCCACCCGACUUUCACGAAGGGUCCUUCUCGAGCCAAGGCCCGCUCACGCGCCGUCCCAAGCACGCCAUUACCUCAUGGAGGCGCGCAGCUAGGUCGGCGUCUAUCCGCGCAUGUUCUUUUUCCUCUCAACCUUCAUGGCCAACCCGAUUCGCUCACCCUGGAUGACGGAACGUUGUACAACGUCCACCGCUACUUUUUCGAGACGUACGCGCCGAAUUUCCCAUACGAGUACCUAUACAAUGAGGGGUUCGCACCCAUCAAGCUCCCCGGCGUGUCCAGCGUCGACUUCCAGCGAUUCUUGACCAUCAUCUACCCCACAAAGCUCGGCAAAUACGACAUAAAGACUGUCGACGAGUGGACCUCUGUCCUUCGCCUUGCUACUAAGUGGUCUAUCGAAAGCCUGCGCACCCUCGCCGCGGAGGAGAUCGUGCCUCAGGCAUCUCCUUUCGACAAAGUCUCCGUCGCUCGCGAGUUCGAGCUGGGACGGGACUGGCUUGUCCCAGCCUUCGUCGACAUCUGCGCGAGGCCGCAGUGGCUGAACUGUGCGGAGGCGGAGCGCCUGGGACUACCCACGGUCGUCGAGAUUGGUAGGAUCAGAGAAGAGGUGCGCACGUCAGGGCCCACCUUUGACGUUCAUGCCGCCAUCCGCGCGAGCGAGAUCCUGGCUCCCGGAGGGCGUGAAGAGGCGCAGAGCAUCGGUGAUAUUCCACAAGUAACCUCGACGACCGCUUCUUCUACAUCCAAAGUCUCAGUUUCUGCGCCCAACAUCUCUCUUGCCGCUCAUGUACCGUCUCCAGUAUCUUCGCCGCCGCCCUCUUCGCUCGACUCCGUACCGUCCGAGUCAUUGAGCCCUGCCGACCAGCUCGCCUACGAUGCUCUCCGCAUCGCAGAAGUCGCAGAGGAGGAUAGCUUUGAUGAUAUGCCGCUCAACCGUGCUCUCUUUGCCUCACAUCUGGCACGUAGACUGACGGAUCAAAAGUCACCGUCUGCCCUACGCCACGGGGAGUGGCGGCAAUCACGCGUGGACGAGAUCGCUCGCGAGGUGAUUGGAUCGGUACGCCCUCCUGAAGAGCCCCACUAUUUGAACGUCACAAGCCCUGACGCCUAUCGGGCACUGAGCACGGUGCAAGAACGCCUUAGCUAUCUUCUCGCCGCAAAGCUGCCUGUGCGGGGCUCGGCCCCCAGGCCCGUUCGCGAAGACAAAUUGACCGUGUCUUCUAUGUCGUGGAAGGCGUAUGAUCAUAUUACAUUCGAGCUUCGGAGGGAAGGGUGGAUCGUUGGGGGUGCUUUAGGCAAAAAUGGGCACGGCCGCAUCUACAUAGCAAUUCCAAACCGCGAUGAGGACAUCCCCAAGUACACUAUAUAG